AUGAAUAAGGUGAUUUUGGUGACGGGAGCAAAUAGUGGCAUUGGCCUGGCGCUGUGUGAGCGUCUCCUCUCAGAAGACACAGAGGGUCUCCAGCUGUGCCUGGCCUGCAGGAACAUGCGGCGGGCUCAGGCCGCUCGCUCCGCCCUCCUCGCCUCUCACCCCACAGCCCAGGUGGCUCUGCUGCAGCUGGACACCAGCAGCAUCUCCUCAGUCAUGGCUGCUGCACAGGAGCUCAAACUCAGGUAUAACAGGCUGGACUACCUCUACCUGAACGCAGGCAUCAUGCCGAACCCACAGUUUGAUGUAAAAGCCUUUUUCAAAGGCCUCUUCUCCAGCCGUGUCGUCACCAUGUUUGCCACGGGGGAGGGGAUUCUGACACAGAGGGACUGCGUCACCCGUGACGGUCUGCAAGAAGUUUUCGCCACCAACCUCUUUGGUCACUUCCUACUAAUUAGGGAGCUGGAACCAGUUCUGUGCCAUGCAGGCCGGACCUCCCAGCUGAUCUGGACCUCCUCCAGCAAUGCUCACCGCUCAGCUUUUAACUUGAAGGACAUACAGCAUCAGAAAGGCACCCAACCAUAUAGCUCCUCCAAAUAUGCCUCCGACCUGCUCAGCCUGGCGCUCAACACACACUACAACAAACAGGGUUUGUACUCAUCAGUCAUUUGUCCAGGUUUUGUGAUGACCAACCUGACUUACGGUAUCCUGCCCUCCUUCCCAGCCUUCCUCUGGACCCUGCUCAUGCCUGUCUUUUGGCUUGUAAGAAUGUUCACCAAUACUUUCACUCUGACCCCCUACAACGGAGCUGAGGCCCUGUUGUGGCUAUUUAAGCAAAAGCCUGAAUCACUGGACCCUCAAGCCAAGUACCACAGUUUAACAUCUGGGCUGGGCAGCAUGUACACACAACCACGUCAGAUGGAUGUUGAUUUGGAAACAUCGGAGGCUUUGUAUGAGAAAUUACUGCAACUAGAAAGUGAAGUGAAGAAGAAGCUGAAAGAAAAAGAAAAGGGAUCCCAGCGUGUUCACAGUGGUGCUGCAGGACCUGGAUCAUCCUGAUGUAUAGCAGGAAUGGACAGUAUUUUAUUGAAGUUACCUGGAAGCUGCAUGCACACUGGCUGUCAGACCUCAUAAAAAUAACACCUCUCCACCUCAUACAGCAACAUGCAAGCCUGCAUUCACAGCACAAAAUAACCCAAAAGAAGU